AUGCAACAACAACCGAGGCCAGUGGUGGCGCAGUACGCCUAUCUCGAGCUUCUCCCGCUCACGUACACCGGUCCUGCUCCGCCCCCGGCGCCGCCGUGCAUGGACCCGACACCGGAUGAGCAGUACCGCCAGGGCGUUGCUGAAAGGAAGGCGGCGCUGAAGGAGAAGGAGGCGCGGCGGCAGAUGUCCUCCAGCGGCAGCGGAAUGCUUGCCAGCCUCAAGAGCGCUGUCUCGCAGGCAGUCAUGACCAUGGAGAAGGGCGCCGCGGACGUGUCGACCCGCACGGAGUCGCAGGUGCGUCAGCUCGAGUACCAGUACGACCGCGACCGCUUUCAUCUGCACUUCCACGAGCUCGCCGCGCAGGGCGAGGCGCUGCUUGCCGACUACCGCUGCAGCGCAAUGCACGGCGGCCUCCAAGUCAGCGGCCACAUUCAGAUCACAUAUCAUUACUUGUGCUUCUUCGCGGAGACCACCUCAAGCAUCGCCAAGACGACGGACGCCGUCAUGGGCGUCUUUGGGGCAGCCCGUCAUCCGGCCAACCCCAACGACGAGUCGCGGAACAAGCCUAUUGGCGUCAAGCAGGUGAUUUCGCUGGCCAACGUUGUUUCGAUUCAACCUUCUGUGGUGCUCGAGAGCAUCGGCGGGCAGGCGCCGUUCUUUAUGCUGCUUCCCGCACCAACGGUGCGUCCAACAGCCCUGCAGCUGUACACGCAGGACAGCAAACUCUACCAGUUCAUGCACUUCGAGUCGCUCAUCUCCCGCGCCUCUGGGGCGCUCCACGACGGCGUCAAGGGCACCGCGCUCGAUCAAGCGUACAACUACCUCGACCACGCGUGGCGUGAUACGGUGAAUCUUCGACCGAAGGAUGUCUAG